AGUCACGUGACGCCAGCGACCUUCAUCGACACGCCGAAACAUUCUUAUCCAGGCAGGCGUCAGGCAGACGGAACCGAGUUUAGUAACACGCGAAGCGCCGAUGAUGAUAGGUACCGUUCACAGUCGGUGCGAAUAUUGCCGUUUAGACUGCAGUGUAGAUCGUUUCGUCGAGAAACCCCAAAACGUGGCGUUACACUGAAUACUGCGUCACAUCUGAGUCGCCCUGCAGUCUCACGCAACUAACAUUGGACAGCGAGAAAUUGCUCUGGUCAUUCUGUUUCGCAGCUUUUGGGUGUCUCUGCCCUCUUGCAUUUUUCCGCUUCUGCUCCAAUUGUUCGAACUAAACGCUGUGACAGCGGCAGAGAAUGGUCCGGCAAAUUCGUAUAUACCUCGACAAUCCUAUAGCGACGUAUUACGGAGGCGAUACUGUAACGGGAAAGGUAUUCGUCAAAGUUGACGACGAGGAAAAAAUCCGCUAUAUUUCUGCAAAAUUUAGAGGGGAUGCCAAUGUAAGCUGGACUGAAUCGGAUACAGAAACGGACAGUGAUGGAAAGUCUCGUACUGUCUAUACUACAUAUUCAGCACAUGAAAACUACCUCAUGACAAAAAUGUACUUAGUUGGUGGUCCAUCUCAGGAGAUCAUACUUCCACCAGGAGAGCAUAUUUAUAAUUUUUCUGUUAUACUACCAGAAAAUCUGCCAUCCUCAUUUGAGGGGAUAAAUGGUAACAUUCGUUACAUGGUCAGAGCAAAAAUGAAUCGUGUAUGGGCAUUUGAUGAUACAGUUAAAGCUUUCUUCACUGUUUUGUCACAUUUAGAUUUGAAUAAGGAUCCCUUGGUCAAGGAACCAGUUACAACUGUUGCUGAGAAAACAUUAUGCUGUUGUUGCUGUAGAUCUGGUCCUCUGACUUUGGUUGGCAAUGUUCCAGCUCUUGGAUUUGUCUCUGGGCAAGAGAUACCUGUGACUGUAGAAGUUGAUAAUGGAACAAAUGAGAAAAUAAGUAUUGUUACCUGUUCUCUUAAGAAGAAUGUAUGUUUCACUGCUCAUUCACCCAGCACACGCACAAAUAAAACAUCAGAGAAAGUAGAAACUAUCACGUUUGAGCCUGUGGGUGAAAAUGAAUCUAAAACAUGGACCAAACAGUUGAAAAUUCCAAGUUUGCCUCCCUCCACUUUGAAGAACUGUGGCAUCAUUGAUCUUGAGUACUGCUUGGAUAUCAAAGCUGAAAUUAGUGGGCCACACUCAAACUUACAUGUAAACAUCCCAAUAACAUUAGGAACCAUUCCCCUCUUUACAUAUAUCCCACCUGGGUUGCUGCAAAAUACUCCUGAAAAGUUUCCCCUACCGCCUACAGCCUCAGCACCAUAUCUACCACCAUCAUCACAGUUCCCUACAGCACCAUAUCCCACAAAUACUACAGCUGAUAUCACAUCUGGCACAAGUCAGCUGGGCUUCUCAAAUGUACUGUUACCACUGCCAAGUCAGUCAAAUCUGACUCCAUCUGCACCACCACUUCCAUACCCGGAUAUUCCACCUCCUUCAUAUGAGGAGUGUAUGUAUGGAGCAAGUAAUGUGAAUGUAGGAGAUAAUGCAAGCCACACAGAAGAGGGAUACAAUCACGUUCCAAGAUAUCCCACAUACAACUUACGUCCUGGGGAAGCCACCAGAAUGUGAUAACUUCUCAUGCAAGGCCAUAUGGAUACACAUGCUAGUCCUGGAAUUAUUUGUGAAUCACAACCAUAGUGCAGAGACAGCAAUCUAAUAGGAUUAUGAAAAUAUUACAUAAGGGCAGAAAGCAUGGAGCUGCUAGUUUAUCUGGAUCAUGAGAUUGAUUAAAAGGUCUUUUACAUCUGUUUGCUGCCAUGUGCCUUAAUACCUGUGUUACUUCAACAACACUGCAACGCUGUUCCUGUAGGCAGUGUUCAUGAAGCCACUUAUUUUUAUCUCUCUGAUUUAGUGCACAGUGAAGGAAGAAACAUCUGAUGUUAGAAAUAUAUCACUAUCGCAGUUGAAAGGACCAUUCCAGGAAGUGCCAACAAACUUACCCUUUCAUGAAGGGUUGACAUACUAUCACAACAGAUAUUUUUAAAGGUCUCUUGUACCAUCUUAGUGUCAUAUAGCACCCGUACUUAUUUCUAUUGAUGAAAGUUUCCAUGACAGACCCAUAAGCAUUGUAUGCAGCACCUUCAAAUGACUGAGUGCUCUGGUACUGAUAUGAUCUGAAGAUGUUCAGUACUUAAGUGACAGUAGCAAUUUGAGUAAAAAUGUGUAGCAUUAGAUUAGUCUUUCAUGUUCAGUAACAGUUUUUUAACCAUAAGAGCAACCUACCUAUUUUGCUAAAAUUUAAAAAUUUCAAUGUUGUGUUAUUGUGUGGAAAAAAGUAUCUGUUGUAGUUUAAUUUAUGAGUUUUACCCUCAUUGUGGAUGUUACAGAAGUACAUCUUUGUGAUAAUAUACUCAUUUUGUUAGAAUAUCAUACUUUCACAAUUUUUGUGCAUAAAUUUUUAUUUUAAUAACUGUAUUUUUACCAUGUGAAAACUUUGUAAAAAAAAUACAGUUUACAUUGAAUUUUUUGCAAAUGAUUUGUACCCUGCCUAAAUAAAACAGAAUUUCAUUUUA